AUGCGGUGCCUGUGCUGGACGAAUGCGCUUGAUCCACUGUACCGGCUGGCUGGACGGCAGGCGUUGCGGCUGCGCGGGCACCAGUCCUGGUGGCGUUACCAACACUGUAUGCUUCACCAACGAGCACAAGCAUGUACUGGUGCGGAGCGCUCUGCCCAGUGGUCGCUGAUACGGUCUGCUCAGAACGCGAAACUCAAGUUGUUGCGACAAAUCCUGCGCAAGGGUAGCUUGGUGCUCGACUCGCCGAGCGCCUCGUCAUCGCUGGGGAGCAGCGCGCCAGACCGCCGGUUUCUACAGCUUGUGAAAGAGCGCGAGUCAGAAAACAGCUAUACGGCAGCCUUAGCGGAGCGCUGCUUGCGACCACAGCUGUUUGUUGUAGAAGGGGCGCGAUUAUUGCAGGACGCACUGGAUGUGCACUGGGCUCCUGAGUUCAUUAUUUGCUCAGCUGAUGCUGUGCAGGGGCUGUGGCGUCGUCACCCGCAGCUCAUGGGAAAAAUUUCGACCGACGGGCUUUUGCAGCAACGCACCUUUGUGUGCGAGACGGAACUGCCUACUGAAACAGUCCACUCGCAGGGUAUUGUGGGGGUGUUUCAACGGAAAUGGCUGCCAUGGGAUCAGCAGCGAACGCUAGUGCUCUUUCUUGAUGGCGUCCAGGACCCGGGUAAUCUUGGGACGAUCCUUCGCUCGGCAUGUGCAGCUGGGUGCCGCACGCUCCUGCUCAGUGAUCAAUGCGUUGAUGCCUGGAGUUCGAAGGUCGUGCGGGCAGGUAUGGGUGCUCAUUUCCGCCAGUGUAUCGUUGAUAAGGUUUCGCUGGAGCAUCUGGAGUGCCUGCUCGACUUGUUGGUCAUGGUGCCGGGAACCGAUGCACCCUGUUGUGCAUCCCGCGAAGCACACAGCGCAGCGGAGGUCAAAGAGGCCGGUCUGAAGCCGCCCGCAUCGGAUCGGGGACACAAUUUGAGCCGCAUUCACCACCACGGGCAACGAUAUCGAUUCGUCAUUGCUCAUCCAAAAAAAGUACCGGGGCUUGCUCAUUUCUCCUACGAUGAUGAUGCAAUCUGGUUGAGAGCAUCCAAUUUAGAUGCGAAGAAAACUAGAGCAACGGGUACAGCAGGGAAAAUACCGCCUCAUCGAGACAUCAGGACACCCACGCUAGAUAUCCUGGUGAUUGGAAACGAAGCACAUGGCCCGAGUGCUGCAAUUUUCGAUUUCGCCCAGAGCGUAACCGGUUCAUGUACAGUGGCUAUUCCUCUCGACUCGGGCGUUGAGUCCUUGAACGCUGCUGCUGCUGCAUCAAUUCUUCUUUUCGAAGCCCGCAGGCAGCGUCAAAAGUUCGAGGAAUCCACGGGCGCUGCAGAGACCCUCUAA